AUGAAGUCGGUCGCAGCUCUCGCCGUUGGCCUUCUCUCGCUCCUUUCCUCCACAACCGCCAUCACCAACGUCGCCGGCCCAUCAGUAUCCAAGGUCACCCUGCCAUCAACCUUCAAGCCAUCGCAGGUGUUUAAGAACGCUAAUCUCGUUCACGUCAUCUCUUUGGAAAAGAACUUUGCCAAGGAGUCGAUCAAUGUCGUUAUUGAGAAUGUCUCCGAAGAUCCCCAGACCGAGUACUUCCUGCCCUUCACCAGCGACCAGAUGGAAAGAAUCGGCGGAAUUGAGGUGAAGGAUCGCAAGGACUCGACCCUCACUGGAUUCGGCAUCGAUGCCGUCGAGUUUGACCCUCUCAGCGAUACUCAGUUCUACCGAAUCCAACUUCCCAAGGCGAUCGAACCUAAGGCUCAGCAGACCCUGGGCAUCUCAUUCUACUUCCUCAAGGCGUACACCCCUCUUCCAGCGGCAAUUGAGCAAUCUGACAAGCAAUACCUCGUCUACCCCUUCUCCGCAUAUGCUCACUCUGCCUACCCAACAUUGAAGCAGAAGACAGAGGUCAAAUUCUCCUCGGGCGACAUUCCUGACUACACCAAGAUUGCAGGCAGUGGUGACAUCAAGGAGUUCCCUGAGAAGCAGGGAUCGAAGCUCAUCUAUGGACCAUUCCCCGAAGUCCCGGCUGGCGCUGUCUCUCCUGUCCUGGUUCGCUUCGAGUUCACCAAGCCAGUCACUCACGUCUCGUUGCUAGAACGUGACGUUGAGGUCAGCCACUGGGGUGGCAACGUUGCUUUCGAGGAGCGCUACACUCUAUUCAACAGGGGUGCCAACCUGUCUACUCUCUUCAACCGCGUCAAAUGGGCGCAGUCCCAGUACUUUAACCCUCAAUCAUACGCUCUCAGGGAGAUGAAGUUCAGCCUACCGGGCGGCAGCAAGGAUGCAUACUUUACGGAUGUUAUUGGCAACGUUUCGACCUCUCGCUUCCGGUCUAACAGACGUGAGGCGUCGCUUGAGAUCAAGCCUCGCUACCCCAUUUUUGGUGGCUGGAAAUACCCCUUUACGAUUGGCUGGAAUUUGGAUUCCAAGAACUUCCUGAAGAAGAAGUCUGGCGAUGGCUACCUGCUCAAGGUUCCAUUCCUCGAGGGUCCUAAGCAGGCCGAGGGCGUUGAGUACGAGCAGAUUCUUCUGCGAGUACUGCUGCCUGAAGGUGCUGAGAACGUCAAGUACUUUACCUCCAUCCCCGAAUCCUCCAUCAUCGAGUCGACCGUCGACCGCCAAAACACAUACCUCGACACCAUCGGCCGCACAGUUCUUACACUCAAGGCCCGCAAUAUCCCGGAUGAGUUCCGGGACCGGGAGCUCUAUAUCUCGUACGACUACUCGUUCAUUGCCAGCCUCCGCAAGCCUUUUGUCAUCUUUGGAAGCGUGAUUUCUGUCUUUGUUGGAACUUGGCUGCUCUCCAAGGUUGAGGUCAAGUUCUCGACCAAAUAA